AUGCCAACCUCGAUGCAUCCCCAGGCCAAGUUCGACCCUAUAUCGCCGGACUUGGACCUCUACGCCUUGGUCGAUCGAUGCGCCAGUUUUGAAUGGGUCCUUCGCAUCUCGACCCGCCAGAUCCGCAAUCUGGGCCCCGAGGAGUUUGAGAAGCUGGUGAUGCUUCAAGUCAUCAACGGCGGCAAGCCUCUGGUCAUUGAAGGCUGGAAUGACGUCUUGCCCCGCGACAUCUUCAGCAGAGACUGGCUCGAGGCGACGUACGACAAGAAACAAGAGAAUGUUCGCGACAUCGGAGCUGGGAACGACAUUCCCAUGACGACCGGACAUUACCUGCGAUCCAUGAAACAGCUCACAAACCAGUGGACCCCCAGCAACUACCGCGAUGAGCGCCGACAGCGACUGUAUCUCAAGGACAUCGACUGCCCCCCCGAGUGGCAAGAGCAACUGCAGAAGGUCAUCCCGCCAAGCCUCUUUUACAUGAAUGAGAACAUCACGGAGAGAGGAGGCGGAGGCACGCGCAACGACGGCAUUUUGGGCGGCGCAUCCGAGGCUACCGCGGCUUGCGCUGGAGACCUCAUGUCCAGCCUCCCCGAGGAGAUGAGGGCGCAGAACCUCAUGUGCUACAUCGGCCACGAGGGCACGUAUACACCCGCCCACAGAGAAAUGUGCGCGAGUCUGGGACAGAACAUCAUGGUGGAGGCUUCCAGCGACGAACACGGAGAAAAGCCAGGAAGCUCCGUCUGGUUCAUGACCGAGACCAAGGACCGCGAGGUGGUCCGGGAGUACUUUCUCUCCAUGCUGGGUCACGACGUGGAGAUUGAGAAGCAUUUUGCCCAGAUCAAUGCAUGGAAGAAGGCCACCUUUCCGGUCUACAUUGUUGACCAGAGACCAGGCGAUUUCAUCCUCAUCCCGCCCCUCGCACCACACCAGGUCUGGAACCGUGGCACGCGCACGAUGAAGGUCGCCUGGAACAGGACAACCGCCGAGACCCUCGACCUGGCCCUGCACGAGGCCCUGCCCAAGGCCCGGCUUGUCUGCCGCGACGAGCAGUACAAGAACAAGGCCAUCAUUUACUACACCCUCAAAAAGUAUCAUCAACAGCUGCAGGAGGCAGAGGAAAAGAACGAGAUGAGCAUGCUUGGCUUCGAAGGCUUCAGUCAGGAGCUGUUCCGUUCCUCGCCGCGCUUUCAGCAAUUAACCCGCGACUUCCGACAUCUUUUCGGCCUAUUCACGGAGAUCAUGACGGACGAAAUGUUUGCGACAAAGGAGACAGCCGUCGAAUUUGUCGAGUUCGACUCAUGCGUCAUCUGCUCCUACUGCCGCUGCAACAUCUUCAACCGCUUCCUCACCUGCAAGAGUUGCGUGAGGACCCUCGUCACGGGUGACGAGGAUGCCUACGAUGUCUGCAUGGGAUGCUAUGCCAUGGGACGAUCCUGCAUGUGCCAAUCUGGUCUGACGUGGUGUGAGCAGUUUGACUGGAAUGCUCUGGUGACUGACUACGAAACGUUUCGGACCGUGGUCAUCAAGAACGACGGAUUUGUCGACAUGGAGCUGUCUCCGCAGCCUCUCGAGGUUGCAAGAACCCGCCAGGGCAAAAAGUCCACAGCGCAGAUCUGCCAGGAAGCACUCAAGCGACGCCCUUUCAAGGACAUUUCACAGCCCGAGGCAGAGAUUGUACCGAGCGAGUCGGAACAGGAACCAGACCUCGACGACCAGGGCCGGCCAAAGAAGAAGAAGAAAAAGUACAAGCGAAAGGCCAAGAAGGGCGAUCUCAAGCGAUGCCAUGUGUGCUGCCACAAGGAUUACGCCUUCCGCGUCCACGACUGCAGCAAUCCCCAGUGCAAGGAGAGCUACUGCUACGGCGUACUCUAUCGUGCUUUCGACAUGAUGCCGCAAACAGUGCUGGAGAACGAGAAUUGGCUGUGUCCCAAGUGUUUGGGCAUCUGCAAUUGCGGUGCGUGCCGGCGCGUCCAGCUCGGCGACCCGUACAUGCCCAAGAACACUCUUCUCGGCCACGACACCAAGGCUGUCGCAGAUGACCGAAGCAUCGAACUGCUUGUCGACUUUAGGGUCCACAACUUGAACUGGCUCAAGGCCAUGGGUGAAGAUGGCCGCACGACUGACAGCAAGAGAAUGAAGAACCUUCGCGAGCAAGCGGAUACGGCCAAGGCCCAGGACAGCAUUGGGCAGGCGGCCGAAGAAGCCAUUGCAAAUGCCACCACGACUUCCAUGCCGCAGACUGGCCAUGAUCAUCAGCUCAUCAAUGGCUACGGCGACCAGAGUCACGCUUUUGAAGGCCAGCAGUAUAUCGACCCGAACGUCCCAGAUCCCAACGACGCGCAUCAUGAAGUUGACCCGCCAACCAUUUUACUAGACCCUGAUGAAACCAUGAUGACUGCUGACUUGGGCGAUGAUUCUGCCUACCCGGAUCCCGUGAUGCUCGGCGGACAGCGCAUGCUCGGUAUGGGUUACUACGACCAAGACAACGGACCUGACCAGAUUCUUUUCGAUCAUUUCCAGAUGCCCUCGGCCGAUGCCUUGGUAUUUGAUGAAGACGCUGAAGUCGUGAAAAAGGCGCUUCGCGCUCAGAAGAGAAGGGCUAAGCAGCAGGACGAGGUUGACCCCGACUUUGCGGGGCCCAAAUCUCACAAAAAAAGGAGAAAAGACAAUAACGUUGAGAUGUCUUCCAUGGACCCUGCCCUUUUCGGCGCCGAUGCCUCAGCUGCGGACACGACAAUGCCGGAGGACGAGUCUGUCGAGCCCUCAGCUCAACUGACGCAGGAGGCCGAAGACCAGGCCGGAAGGCAUAAGCAACCUGUUUUCCCAGCCAAUGUGCCGUCUCUUCGCCAUGCAAAGCCAAUGGUAUCGUACGCGGAGGCUGACGAGCCGUUGGUGGAAGACCCGGAUGAUGUGCUACCAGCAUGGGAAACACACCCAGGUCCACGUAAGCCACGCGAGCACGUCGACCCGCCGGUGCUUGGCGCAGAACCAGAUGAUCCCUUGCUUGGGGCCUCGGGUGCCGUUCGCGAACUUCUCGGGCAGACUACGUCGGGCGGGCAUGAAGCCAUGGGGAAUGACGGCGAGCCAAAACGUAGAGGUCCCGGACGGCGAUCGGGGAAGCCCGAUGCUGUGGAAGCUACAGGCAGCCCCGAUCAGCCGGCUGGUCCCUCGGCAGCCGAGCUUGCUGCACGCAGACGCGCUGCGAGGGCGAACCGCAGAUCUGGCGUGGAACUCGCUGAGGAUGCUGAGAUGCUGGACCUUGACGAGCUGCCCGCCACCAAGGCAGUGGACCUUGGUGACGAUUCAGGAGCCGAGUCGGCACAUGGUUCAGCGGAGAAAGAAGACGAUGAUGGUGACUUUGGCAAGCCGUCAGCAGCUCGCCAGGCCAGGAGCGGACCGAAGCCUGCGCCGAAGCCUGCACCGAAGCCUGCAGCUGCCGAACCAGGCGUAAAGCGUCCCCGUGGCCGGCCCCGUAAGAUACAACCCCAGGAAACACCCCCUGCCAAAGCCUCAACACAGAUGUCCAUGGCGGAGCGGAUGGCAGCCCGCGGAAAGAAGUUUAAGAUCGGAAACCGCGGUGGUCUUCGCAACUCUAGGGGAGGCAAGAUCGCCAGCAGGAGCUCGAUCACGCCGCGCGCAUCCAUGCCGACGGACACGGCCCCGGGCGACGCAGGCGCGGCGCACAAGACUCCUGUGCCCUCCGACGACGUCUUCCCCGAGACGGACCUGGCGCCCCCCCUCGAGGCGAAGCCUGCGACGGACGGCCGGCGCCGGCAAAACGAAGACGAGGAUGAAGACUUCCAGGUGGAAUCACCGUCGCGCUCUCCGUCUGUCGAAUCGCUUCCUGGACCGCGCGAGCCGGAGCCAUCCCCGCCACCCCAGCUGCCGGUCAAUUCGAAGCCGACAAUCGUUCGCCUCGGCUCGCACUCGGACUCGGACUUUGAAGGUGGAGACAACGACGCGCCACGGCGUCUCAGCGGUUCGCUGCCAGCUUCAGAAAGUGACGAUGACAGCAGCGACGGUGAUAUACCCAACGUGCCUGUCGUGCGGCCCAUCCGCGGCCGGGGCGUCGUACGGGGCAUGCGAGGCGUGGGCGGACGCGGUCGAGGUCGCGGGCGGCCCCGGGGACGGCCUCGAGGCAGCUAG